GAGAUCCAGCGCUCUGAUCGGCCAGUGAGACCCACGCAGCCACACACGCCGGCCGCCAUGCUGAUCGUCCUAGCCUUCAUCCUCCUCUUCCACCUCAUCGGCGCCGUCAUGCUCUUUGUCGCCACCAUCCACAACGCGUGGUGGGUGGUGUCGCCGGCCGGACAGGACGCCGUCUACGCCGACCUGUGGCUCGCCUGCAACGCCACCUGCCACCCGCUGGCGAACAGCCACACGGCCGCUGCCACCUACCUGCAGGUGAUCCAGGCCGCCAUGAUCCUGGGAACCAUCCUGUGCUGCGUCAGCUUCUUCGUCUUCAUCCUUCAGCUGUUCAGGCUCAAACAGGGAGAGAGAUUCGUCUUCUCCGCCAUCAUCCAGCUGUUGGCCUCGCUUUGUGUGAUGGUUGCAGCGUCCAUCUACACGGCUGAGAAUCACUCCUUUCACGACGACAGUCUGAAGAAAGGCUCGUUCGGCUCCUCCUACUUCCUGGCCUGGGUCAGCUUCCCCGUGACGCUCAGCAGCGGCCUCGUGUACUUACUGCUCAGGAAACGCAAAUAGUCGGGCUGUGACGGCUGGAUGCACGUGCACCGAGGAGUUCAAAUGCAGAAGGAGGACUGUGUGUAUAAUAAUGCAUACAGACGUUCACAGAUAAUCCCAAGAUUAUUUUCUAAUAAUGAAGAUGUCAGAUUCAGUUAAUUUUGAAGUGUUCCAGUAACAUCUGUCCAGCCUACACACACCUUUCUCUUUCCUGUUGGCUUCAGCUGAGGCAAACUGUUUCAUUUCUUAGUUUUUUAGUAAAUCGGGUGAUAAAUAAACCAUUUGUACGACCGAGUCUGAGCUUUGCUUUAAUUUGAGCAGCUACGUCUAAUUUCCCGGCUAAGAACAAGGUGCUCAGUUCCUCUUAACCAUUUGAGUGUGUGAAGAGGUCCAUGCUCAUUUUGUGAAACCGUAGUCAGCGGGUCUGUGCAUAUUUGCUGUGUAUGUAUAGUUAGUUGGAAGACAAAGACUAAAGAAUAGAAGGUUAGAGAGCAGGGGUGUAGUGCUUAAUAAAAUAUGUAGGAUUUUAACCCUCGGUUUGUUUUCUGGAGUUACUGAUGUUAAAAAAACAACAACAAUCUCCUGUGAUAUUUGCAGUUUUAAAUGUAAAUUAGAAACAUGCUAACUUGGAAUAACAGCAUCAUUUAUUUGUAAUUGUCCUGUUUUUGUUCACAGCUUCAGUGAAAAAACUAAACUUAUUUAUUGUUUUCAUCCAUCGUUGCUUAAUUUACCAUGUGACUAAGGGAUUAACUGACUUUCAAGUUAUUUUCUAUGGUUUCUAGUUUAGGUAGUUUGUGUUUGAGUUGUUUAUCCCCCCAAUCUAGGGAUUUCUGUCUUGGUCAACCUGCUUUUGCUACUAAAGUCAGCUGUGUAACGUUUCAUUCAGUUUUGUACCUUUCAAAUGUUCACGAUGAUGAAGCUCACCCACAAUCAAAAGUCAGGGGACAGUAAUGAAAGUGAAAAUUUUGCAACUCAAGUCUCAAAAUAAUACUUGAAAAAACAAAAUCAGAGUCCAGGAUUACAACAUUGGCUUUUGAACCUUGUUUCUGAAGUUUUAGCCCCAAAAGUGUUUCAUUGAACAAUAAGCCUGUCCUUUGGUUAAUCCCUUUAUUUAUACCGAGUCAGAUGCUGCAAUAUCUUAAAAAACAAUAGCGUGCUUUGAAAUUUUGCUUAUUGUAAUUUAAUGUUCAGACCUACUUGAGUUCCAAACUUUUUGAACUGAUCAGAUUAUUUGUUGCAGAAGUUAAACAGAAACCACAUGAUUAUGAAAACUGGAAAUGUUAAUUGUGUUACAAUAAUCUUUCUGUAGUGUGUUUUAUUAGCUGUACCGUGGCUUAUUUGUUGUGGAUCUAUACAAAGAACAAGUCAUCAUUUAAGUUGUUGAAGCCAAAUACGGCUCAUGGACUUUUUAAAGACUCUGUUGUAAUGAAGUAUUGAAAUCAAACUGGUUGAGAGGCUGUGUUAAUUUUUGUUUUCAGUUUUAUGUGUCAUGUUGAACAGGAACAACAAAUUGGAGCAAGCUGUGCUUUUCAUUUUGGCUCCUGUCACAAUAUUAGCCCCAAGCUCUCACUCUUUCAUAUGACCCAGCUGAAAUACUUGCCUUGUACUGACACCCAGUGGAUGGACAGAACCCCACUCUGUGCAGGCGCUCGUUCUAUGUGUCGAGGCUCCUUUGUGCUCAUCACUCCGGGGACGAAUCUGGAACCAGACCAAUCUCCUUUUUAAUAAAUUAUUGGUGCCUGCUGUUCCAUCCAUCACACACACAAACCUUAUUAAAUGUAUUUUACAACAGA